AUGACAACUUCCAGCCAGGGGAUCUGCGUGAAAAGGCUUUUUGUUUAGUUUAUGUAAAAAACAACUGUUGUAACAUGGAAAAAGUUAUUAAAAAUAUAAAUUAUAGUUAUUACAGAAGAAAAGUUUGCAAUGUUUGUUUAAGCAGAGACCGCCAGCUGUACACUGUAGAAAAAUAUGCUGAUAUCUUUAAAAAUGUGUGUGGAAAUCUAGAAGUACCUUUCUCGCCCAUGGUAUGUUGGGAAUGUGAUGCAAUAUUGAAGAAAAUCAAACAGUUCAAAAAUAAAGUUGCUUGGUCUAUAAAAAUUUUGAGGCAGAUUGCAGAUGGAGAGAAUCCAAACCCAGAUUCUUUAUCUAAAUUAGAAAUCAUUCAAAACCGUUCAAUAGUAAUCGCAGAGAAUAAGAAUGACGAAGAUGAAAGCAUCAUUAAAAUUAAGGAAGAGGAUUCCGUACAAAAUUCUACACAGCCUCCUCCAAAUUGUGCAUUCUCAGAAUUCAAAUAUGAGAUCAAACAAGAAGUGUUAGAAGAAAGCGAAUGUAAUAAUGGUUAUAAUGCAGCAAAUUACUAUUGUUCUAUUGAAAUUGAUGGCAUUCCUCAAGAUGAAGUAAAGGACGAAGUUAAAACAAUGUUUACAGAUAAAAAUGAAGCUAAUUCAAAAAGGGUUAUAAAUAAACAAUAUAGAAUAAUCGGUGAUGAAGAAGGAGGGAGACAACUGAAAGGUUUUACACGAGAAAUACCAUUGACUAUAGAACAAGUUAAGUAUUAUAUGGAAAAGGAAAGAGACAGUGCAUUGUACAAUGAAUGGUCAUAUAAAUGUGAAUUGUGCAUUUGCAGUUGGAAAACUAAACAGAAAUUAAUGGAGCACAACAAGCAGUUUCAUUCCAAGGAUGACGCCAAACCUCAAUGUGACAUAUGCCUCAGUCGUUUUUCGUGUAAAGGUCAUCUAUUGAAACAUUUGCACCGACACUUCAAUAUUCUGGAGUGCUUAACAUGCCAAUUUCGAUCUUACACCAACCAGAUGAAGAGGCACCUUCAAACACAUAUAAAGAAAAUUGAAUGUGUCCAAUGUGCAGCCCGAUUCAGCAACAUACAUAUGUUUUAUCAACACCAUAAGGAGUUGCAUGUCAAAUACGUAUGUGAUAUAUGCGGGAAAAAGGCUAGAUCCAAGAGAGUUCUGGAAAAACAUAUGAGACACCACUACGAGAAUUUCUCGUGUAAAGUUUGCGAUCGUUCAUACAAAUCGCGCGCCUCCUACCGUCGACAUGUUGAAGACAAACACUCCACUUGGUGCAUAGAGAACGCGUACUGCGUCCAAUGUGAUAAGAAGUUUAGCAGCAUUAUAACUUACAAACGACAUAUUGCUACUAACAGUACUCAUGCUGCUGAGAUCAGGGGAGAUAAGUCGUUAGAAAAAGUGCCAUGUCCCGAUUGCGGUCGACUUUAUUCUCGUAAAUGCUACAUGGAAAACCAUUAUAGGCACGUUCAUCUGAAGCAAUCGCCUUACCACUGUCAUUACUGCGAUAAGGAUUUCUUGAAUAGAACACGGUAUAGAGAUCAUAUGAAGUACAGCCAUGAAGGCAUGGAAAAGGUAAAGAACAAGUUGUGCAAUAUUUGUGGACGAGGUUUCGCGGCGAACAGAACUCUAGUGAAUCACAUACGCACACAUUCUGGAGAGCGACCGUUCGAAUGCGAAUAUUGCAACGCGAGGUUCUCGCAAAAACAUGCCAUGCAAUCACACGUCAAUUAUGUGCAUUUGAAGAAAUCGAAGCGAAUUGUUGGCAACAGCGCGCGAGACACCGCUAUAAAGAAGAGCGAGAUAGCUAUAUAAGUGAAGUGCCAGGAUGUUACGGCCAAGGAACUUAUAUACUAACUGGAAUGCUUACGCGACCCUCAAAAUCGUUCCAAGAGCAUAGCUGAGUCGGUGGUAUCUGUCUCGUUCUAGUAGUGUGCCCAAACAGUUGCAAGAGAGGGACAGAUUCCACUUUCGUCGAGUCGCGCUAGGAGUAUUUUUCCCUUUUAUGAGAUACAAACAAAAAUGGACUUUAUGUAUCAGUUCUUAGAGUUCAUUUUUUUAGUACCAGAUAAAAUAUAAUAUAAUAUAUUGUUUUAAACUUUCAUGGUCACUAACAUUAUAGUAAUAUAAGUUAUUUACGGGAUUGUUACCAUGUACCUUGUUUUUAGCGAGU